CGGCCUCAGUCGAGAAGGCGGCACUCUGCUCCUUGAAGAGGAUCUCUAUUGUUGCGGCCGAUUUAAUUUGGUACCUUCACUCUUCGUGCGCAAUUUUGUAGAGCGUCUUCACCAUGGCGGCAUUGGCGUGUGUAGGGGCCGUGGUAGCACCCGCAGCGGCCGCGCAAUGGACAGCCUCUUCUCCUACUUCUGCUUCUUCGUCUUCGUCAUCUAGCUGCGGCAUUGGAGCUUCCCAGAGCGUGGGGUUUAGAGGCUCUGCCAUGGCCGUGAAGCCUCUUAGGGUUUUCAGGACUCAGAAAGUCGCCGUGAAGGCAUCUUCGCAGGGUGGUGAGGCACCCGUGGCUGUGAAGGAGAAGGAGACACCCCAAGGCAUCGAACAUGAGCAGAUGGUAUCUGAAAGGCCCUCGAGUUUACUGCGGGAAGGAGAGGGAGUUCAAUGGGACAAUCCUAGCACCGCCAGUAUGCGAGCACGGUUCGAGACCAUGAUCAGAAAGGCGCAGGAUGAUAUCUGCGCGGCAGUAGAGGCUGUGGAUGGCGGCAAGUUUCGGGAGGAUGCAUGGAUCCGUCCCGGUGGUGGUGGUGGUAUUAGCCGGGUUUUGCAAGAUGGUAACGUUUGGGAGAAGGCUGGGGUGAAUGUGUCGGUUGUGUAUGGAUCCAUGCCACCCGAGGCUUAUCGGGCUGCUACAGGAGGUACCUCUUCGAAUGGAGGGUCGACCAACAAAGCCGGUCGAAUUCCAUUCUUUGCUGCCGGUGUUAGCUCUGUUAUGCACCCUAAGAAUCCAAUGGCACCUACUGUACACUUUAACUAUCGGUAUUUUGAGACUGACGCUCCUCAAGGUGUGGAGGGCGCUCCAAGGGCAUGGUGGUUUGGUGGUGGCACUGACCUUACCCCCUCCUACAUCUUUGACGAAGAUGUGAAACAUUUCCAUCAGACCCAAAAGGAUGCUUGUGACAAGCACGACCCAGAAUUCUACCCGAAGUAUAAGAAGUGGUGCGACGAUUACUUUUUGAUCAAGCAUCGAGGAGAGAGACGAGGUCUUGGAGGGAUUUUCUUCGAUGAUUUGAAUGACAGAGAUGCAGAUCAAAUUCUUGCUUUUUCAACAGAGUGCGCAAAUGCUGUAAUUCCAGCUUACAUACCAAUCAUUGAAAAGCGGAAGGACAUGCCGUUUACGGCUGAGCAAAAGGCAUGGCAACAGCUUCGAAGAGGUCGAUAUGUGGAGUUCAACCUGGUGUACGAUAGAGGUACAACUUUUGGCUUGAAAACAGGAGGUCGUAUCGAGAGUAUUUUGAUGUCCCUCCCCUUGACUGCUCGCUGGGAAUAUGAUCAUGCACCUGAGGAAGGCUCGGAGGAGUGGAAUCUUUUGGAUGCAUGCAGAAAGCCAAGAGAGUGGGCCGUGUAGGUUCAAAAGGUGUUAAGAUCUUAAGUUAGUUCUUGUGAUAUCUUGAGAUCAGAGCAUUUAAUUUACGUGGCCUCAGGUUUGAGACUACGUUGCGGAGCAACUGGAACAGCCGGUCAUGUAGUGAGAAAUCUGCACUUUGCCAAGCGAGUCGCCAAAUUCAAAUUCGCAUCAAUCUAUAACAAGUAACAUUCGAGGCUAUACCGGGUCGAAGCAGCAGGCCACCGAUUGAUUACCGAAAUCACAAACCUUGUCUGCCUCUUCCUAUAGUUCUUCCCGUUCCCUUAUCAUGUGCAAGGCAUGAGCGUAGAUUUACGAUAGGAUUUUCUAGUCUGAAAUGACUUCUGGAGUUGCAGAUAAACCUACAAAUAGCUGAUUCUCCAAUGAACUGGCCAUUGCAUGACUGUGCGGUGAGCACCAUAUUUUAAGGAU